UCUUAUUCCAGGCACAUAUAUAGGACAGAAGGUGGGAGAGCUCUGUUCAAGGGACUGGGACCUAACCUCCUGGGGGUGGCCCCAUCAAGGGCCAUCUAUUUCUUCUCCUAUGCCAAAUCCAAAAAGUAUUUCAACGCUGUCUGUGCACCAGAUACAUGGGUCGUCCACCUCAGCUCUGCAGCAGUGGCAGGUUUUACAGCUUGUACAUUAACAAACCCAAUAUGGCUAGUCAAGACCAGAUUACAGCUAGACCAGAAAAAAAAUGGCUCUCUCACCAUGCGGCAGUGCAUCUUAAAAAUUGGAAGGACGCAGGGCAUUCCGGGCUUUUACAAGGGCAUCACUGCCUCCUACUACGGGAUAUCAGAGACAAUGAUCCACUUUGUGAUCUACGAAUACGUUAAACGAUACCUAGUCGAGUAUGGCGGGAGCACGCUGGCGGAAGACAGGACUUUCUCAGACUUCUUCAGGUUCAUGGCUGCCGGCGCGAUUUCCAAGACCAUUGCUUCCUGCAUUGCAUAUCCACACGAAGUUGCCAGGACGCGACUGAGAGAAGAAGGCAACAAGUAUAAAUCGUUCUUCCAGACGCUAGGCACGGUGCUACGCGAAGAGGGUCGGCGCGGUCUGUACCGCGGCCUCGGAACGCAACUCGUCCGCCAAAUUCCAAACACCGCCGUCAUGAUGUCAACGUAUGAGGCCACAGUGUACGUCUUGACGAAAUUCUGUGGCAACGGUUACCAUGACGACGAUGAUUAUGAUAAUGAUUGAAGGACGCAUGCGCGAAGGAAGGGGUGUGAAGUAAAAGGGGAGAGUAUGUUCGAAAUCCAUUUCAGUUUCCGGCGUUUGUCGAGAAUUGUCGAGAAAUUCUGCUGAGGAGAGGACAUGAAAUGGGUGCUGUUAGUUCAUCGAGGCAUUGCUGCUGAUGACUGUCUUGGAAAGUCUACAAGGACGGAAGUCUCUACGCCAGUCAAUAAGAUUCAUAUAGAGUCGAUACGGUCAAUAAGGUUCAUAUAUAGAAUGGAUAUUGUCAAUAAGAUUCAUAUAGAACCCAUACACGUGUUUUACAGCAUAUUGUUCUAUCAUUUAUUUUAUUUGGUUGUUUAUUUAUUUAUUUGAUUUAUUUUAUACAAGUAUGUUUAAAGUAAAAAAAAAAGUUUUGUAUCUUUGAAAUGUGCUGGAAGUGACAGCGGUCAACAAAAAAACCUUCUUGACUUCCAGAUUCUCUACUUAAAAUACGUAAGGCUGUGUUCAUGUUCUUGCAUAAUUGUGAUUAUUUAUUUUAAAGCAAAAUUUUACUGAAAGUUAUUUUUACUACGUUUUGUUUACAGAAAAUCUGUACAUUGUUUCACUUGCAGUGUUUUCUUGCCAAAAAUAGUUGAAAGAAAUUAUACGAACUGUGCUUGUGGCACAUAUGGGAUAUGUUCUUUUCGAAAAUUUAAAGAGUCGGUAAAAACUUAGAAGCGACCACAUUUAUGUUUUGUUAGCGUUACCUCUUACGUAGAAUUUGUUGGAACGGGUAUUGUAGUAGUAUGUUACUCCAGAAAACAGUAUUAGAAAAGACGUCGUUCAUUACUUCAUGGAUAUAGAUGACGUGAACAUAUGAGCCGCAAGAUGGCAGCACUAAUCGACUAUCAAAUCCCAAGUGUGGAAUUUGCUAUUUAUUCAACAAGGACUUGAGGAAUCCCCGCAAAACUGGCUAAAACUGUGCAAUGAAGAUCUAUCGUAUUUACGAUGUACAUAUUGUAUACACUGUUGUACAUAAAAAUAAUUAAAUUUAUAAAUCAG